CCAAGAGAACACCAUGAACCAAUCUGAUCUCACUGGACAGCAGGAGACACAGCAACCAUUCAAACCUCCAGAUUUAACUCAGAAAAUACAGUCUGCCCUUCGCUUGUUCAUCAAAUCCUAUGAAGACAGCAGAGAUGGAGAGAACAUCAAGUUCAUAGCAGCAGUUAUACCAGAUAUCAGUGUUCCUGGAUCCUCCAUUCGUCUGUAUCAACAAGGCAGUCUCAUCACCACCAACUUCCAGCUGGGAUUAAAACCUGAUACAUUCCAGGUAGCAGAGGUAAAACAGAGCUGUGUCCUCCUGAAGUUUCCAAGGUCAACCAUCAGAAGACCUGAGAGGUACAGAGUAGAGUACAGAGUCAUGACUACUGGUGUUAGCAAGGUUAGCAAACGGCCAUGGAAUGUAGUAGACACCCUGGCUCCUGCAGAAACCUGUCUGGUGCCACGUUUGAAACCGUUCGCACUGUACCAGAUCAGGUACUCUGUUAUAGAACACUCUGGUAUGAGUGACUUCAGCAAGGUCAUCGAGGUCAUGACCCUGAGAUCCCCACCUGAACAGCUGUUUGUGAGCCGGCUGCUGAACAAAACAAAGGAAACCGUCGAAGUGACUUGGCUCCAGCCUGAGUCUGAAGACGGUGCCUCUGUACUCCACUACAAAGUAGACUAUAAAGAGGCAGGACUGGAGGGCUGGUCUACCAUGGUAACAGAGGGACCUGAAUGUAAAUGCAUCAUAACUCCAAACCGCAGUACCUGCUACAGAGUCAGAGUGUCAGCUGUCUAUGGAGAAGGAGACACCAGUGAAACCACCAGAGAGACAGAUGUCCCAGUCAAUGUCUGGUAUUUAGACCUCUCAGAGAGAAAGGCCUCCCUCCUCCUAGAAGUGCUGAAACUCCAACCAGAGAAGAAACCAGUUGAGCUGAAGGGCUGGUCAAAUGAAGAGAGUGAAGUGAGGAGUUUCCUUCAGUGUCUGUCCUACAUCUCACAGCUGAGCUGUGAUGAUGACAGGUUCUUCCAGACUGUGUGUGAAUCCAUCCCUGUGAGGUCCAGAGAAGAGGACCAGCAGUUGGCCUCUCUCCUCCAGGCCUUGGGCUCCACCCUGUCACUGGGAGGAGAGUUACCCAGGAAAACCUGCAGGUCUGUGGGGAGAGUCCUGGGUCUCUGUGCCUCCAGAGUGGACCUCACUCUCACCCCCAGCAAGAUCUCUCUCAAAGGAGCCGCACUUCUUUUGAGACAUGAGUCAAAGCUCCACAAGCUCAGGCUGAGUGUGGGUAUGGCAGUGAAACUGUCCAGACUGGUUAGGAGGACAGGGAGAGGUUCUACUCCACUGACUGUCCCAGAACUCUCCCUGGUCCUAAAGAGCAGCCAGCCACCAGAGAGAGUGUUAUCCAGGGCUCUGAGUAGUGUGGCGUCCCUGCUGAGACUCUGGAGGGUUCAGUGUCUGGACCUGACUGAUUUCCAGAUCCAGGGUCACUCUCUCAUCACACUGCUGUGUCACCAGGGACCUCUCUCUCUCAGACUGAACUCAGACACUCUGCAGCAUCUGACUGUAGUUUUGUAUGAAGCUCAGGACAAGGACUUGACUCAGUGGUUCCUGGAGAAGGUUGGUGGAGACCUGACCUCCUGCAGGCUGGACUGGGAAGUGCUUCUCUCUCUGCUGCAGCAUUCAACCCACAACAUCACUGUGGACCUCAGGAAGAACAGGCUUCUAGAGAAGAACAUCUCAGAUCUUCUCCCCUUUCUGGGAAGGGUUACUCUCAAGAGUUCCAGCUUUGUAAAGUCCUCCAUCAGACACAUCUAUGACAGUAGAGACAGUGACUGUGUGUCCAGUUUGUUGAGGUCUUCAGACCAUUGGAUCAACCUGAACAGCAGAGAGCUGGACAGAGUGGACUGUACUGCUCUGUGUUUUACCCUGCAGCACAGCCACCAAGUCAAAGUCAACCUGCUGUGGACCUCCAUACCACCGGGGGAGAUAGAGAGCAUCCUGCCUCUUCUGGAGAGAGUCUCCCAACUCAGUGUUGACAGGAUGUUACUGUUGAGUUUCCUCCAGUGCUGUGCUAUCUCUCAGAUCCAGCAGGGGGCACCAUCAUCACCACCAACAGCAGUAUGGCUGCUCAGGUCUCUGCACAACAUGCUGGACUUCUCCUGCUCCUCCUCUGUGGACCUGUCAGCUCAGGACCAGGAGAAGGCUCUGUGUCUGACCACUGACCACUGCAGGGCCAUCAACUCUGUUCUGAAGCAGAACCAACACAGCACCCAGCUGGUCCAGAACCAGGUCCAACUCAUCCUAAGAGACUGUGAGGUGGAGGACAGAGCACUGAGGGAGCUGCUUCCCAUCCUGCAUAUCGUCAAGCUGAGCCCCAGCAAAGCUCUGCUACUUCAGCUGCUGGACCUUGUGUGUGAGGGGAUUGAAGAGGGGCUGCUGAGGCACGCAGAGUCCCUGUGCAGAUCCCUGGAUGGGGAGCUGGACCUCAGUGAGACCAGGCUGGACCGGAAAGCCUGUGGAUCUCUGGCCCUGGUUCUGGAACACUCAGAGGGUCUGUCAGAACUGGACCUCAGCCACUGUCAACUCACAGACCACCACCUACAGCCCCUGAUCACACACCUGCAUAAAGUACAAGUCCUGGACCUUAGUCACAAUGACAUCACUGAUGCUCUGACUGACAAAAUACUCCAACUGGUCUCUACCAACACUUCAAUACACACCGUACGACUCUUCAACAACAGAAUCCAGGACAGAAGACCCUUCCUGACAGACAAGAGGUUUAACAUCUGGUGAAACAACAUCAGGUCUUAGUCCAGGAAGAGAAGGCUGAAUCCAGGACAGAAGACCCUUCCUGACAGACAAGAGGUUUAACAUCUGGUGAAACAACAUCAGGUCUUAGUCCAGGAAGAGAAGGCUGAAUCCAGGACAGAAGACCCUUCCUGACAGACAAGAUAAUGUUGUAUAAUAACACUAUAAUGUGGAACAUAAACUGAUGGAACAUUUAAUACAAAAGACACACAACAAACUGGUUGUUCCAGCUGGAACAGUCCGAUCAUUUAUAAACUAUAGUCAACAGACUCAUUAAAGAGAUUCUCUGCUACUUUUUGUUUACUUUUUAGCCAGUAGUGCUGAUAGUAACACUCACAAGCCAAAAGUGGUCCCCGAAAAUGUUGUACUACAUCACAUAUGUUCACCACGUCAUUGCUCUCUCUCUCUGCUGUGGCCCGCCCUGCAACCUCAUUGGAUAACCCUGGGCUGGCUUCUUGCUAGCUGUCACUCAAAUACGAGGGGCUGAAGCUCAUUAGAUAGAACUCUAAUUGCCCAUGUGGAGGGAAAUGGAGGGAAAAUGGCGCGGCACAGUUUCAACAAAUUGUCGUUUUCCAUCUUGGGAUUUUUGUGUCUUUUUGAGGUAAGACAGUGAUUAUGUAUGAAUUAGCUACAUAUUGAAACAUCCAGCCCAAAGUGUGAGAUUAAAAAUAA